UAGGUUUUUUAGUGCUUUAUUACACAUCGGUAGUUGACGCUUUGCCUCCAAAACCUUGCAGCUUUUGGAGAGAAAAAGAGUCAAAGAGAGAAACUGAAACAGACCGAAUUCCAAAAGCUCAAACUUUUAUUUAGAGCGGAAGACGAAAACUUUCGUGCAUAUAUAGCCAACCGUUUUUGCAGAUGGAGACCACGCCUCCGAUCCACCGACGCCAUUCCUCUAUGGACUGGGUGGCGCAUCAUCAGCACCGCCCCGUACCCGACCCGGAGCCUUCUCCCGCGCCGGCGCCGCCCACCGCCGCGCCGCAGGAAGCCACCGGCGACUCGGAGUCCGACACCACCGUGUCGGCCCUGCUGGCAGGGAAUGACCACCCCUCGGUGCCAGGCUACGACGACGAGGACGACGCCGAGUCCUGCAGUGGCGGCGACGGUGACGAUGUCGUCUGCGGUGGUGGUGCUACUAGCGCCGCCGGCGGCGACGGCAGCGACGGAGACGACGUGGACGUGGGCGCGGAGCGUGGCGAGGAUGAAGUCGACAGCAGGAUGGCCGGGCCGUGGUGGCGCCGGAUGGCGGUCGAGGAUGCGGCGGCGGCGCACGAUGACGGCGGCGGUUGCGCGCCGGCGGCGGAGGGCGGGGCGGGUGCCGGCGCCGGCGGCCAUGCGCCCGAGAGCAACGUGCUCUUCUGGGAGGCUUGCAUUGCGCACGGUUACUAGCUACUAGCUGCCUGCCUGCUGACUUCGGCCUUGUUUAGAUUUAUAAAUUUUUGGAUGUAACACUUUUUUUUGUAUUUUAUAAUUAUUAUCCCAUCAUGGGUUAGUUAGACUCAAAA